CUUAGAGACAUGCACCAUUAAUAAAAGCAUCAUGCUGAGGAGCGCGACGCAGCUGGGGUGUCGGCUCCCGCCGCGCAAGCUGAAUGCAGCCCCGAGGCUUUCUGUAGGAGGACGACAAACGUUCGUAUGCAUUAGGAAACCUCUGAGGUCAGCACAGCCUUUUCAGCCGGCUCCUGACCAUGCGGUCGGUACUCGCGAUGUCACGGUCGCGGCUGCAAUCAGCGCCUCGCCCCCGAGUGACCCGAGUAUCACGUUUAAGAAGCGCUUUUGGACGUUCAUUGACGUGGUCGCCAUUCUGGGCUCCGUGGGCGGUGCGCUGGCGGCCAUUCUGAACCUAUUCAGUGGCACCUAUGUGCUGUUCCUGCCGCUGGUGCUGCCAGUGGUGUCACUGCUGUCCGCUCUGCAGCGUGAGGGGCUCAUCGCCGAGGACAACCGGCGCGCCUACGACACGCUGCGUGCCAGCCUGGCCCGCGACUCCUCCGGCCUACUGGGGGAGGCGCGCUCCGCCAUCGAUGACGUACGCCGCGAGCUGAAGGGCCAGAGCACCACCGCCGCACGCCUCGCCACCAUUGAGGCGCGCCUCUCCAGCCUUGAGGGAUCCAUUCUCAGCGUGGGCCGCGCUGCGCGCGAGGCCGCCGCCGGCCUGGGCAUGCUGCCUGAGCGGUUGGGCGGCGAGCAGCGUGUGGUGCUUGAGGGGCUGGUGGGCGCCAUGCGUGUGGAGCUGCGGCGGGCGGCGGAGAGCCUGGCCAACAACGAGACCACGGCGCUGGCACGGCUGGAUGCGCGGCUGGCGGCUGUGGAGGGCAGCCUGUCGGGUCUGGAGGUGGCCCAGAGCGAGGGCAUGCGGCGCCUGGGCAUGAGCCUCAACAGCGCACUGGCGGACGCGGAGGCCACCCUGCAGAGCAGCGUGCGCAACGAGGUGGCCAGGUCCAUGGAGCCGGUCCGGCGGCUGCCGCAGAUGCUGGCGGCGGCGCUGCCGCCCGCGCUGGCGGCGGCGGAGGCGGUGGAGGCGAGCGCCAACGGUGGCGUCCUGAUCGGGGCUGGCGGCAGCGGCGGCGCGGUGGCGGGGGUGUCGCCGGAGCAAGUGCAGGCCAUCGUGGGCCAGGAGCUGGAUGCGGCGGUGGGGCGCAUCCUGGACCUCCAGGCGGAGGGCUUUGGCCGGCUGGGCGCAGUGCGGCCCACGCCGAUGGACGACGAGCAGUGGGGGGCGCUGGGCCGCCGCCUGAGCCGCCUGGAGCGACUGGUGGAGGGCGUGCCGGCGGCGGCGGAGGGGUCACUGGUGCAGAACGGGGCCCUGGCGGCGGCGGUGGCGGCGGCGGUGCGCGACGCCGUGGCGGCGCAGCUGGCGGAGGCGCGCGCGGAGGCGGCGGCGGCCGCCGUCGCCGCCGCGGCGGCGGAGGGCGAGCGCGUGCGGAAUGACGUGCUGGCGGCGCAGGUGGUGCUGCGCGAGGGACUGGAUGGGCUGACGGCGGCACUGACGCCGCUGCAGCUGGGCGUGACGGAGGUGUCGGUGGCGGUGGCGACGAUGGCCGAGGCCCAGCGCGAGGCGCAGGCCGCCGCCGCCGCGGCGACGGCGGCGGUGUCCCAACAGGAGGACGGGGACGGCGGCGGUGCCCUGGCGGCGGCGCCGCCGGCGGCGGCGCUGGCGCCGGCGGAGCUCAGCCGGCUGCUUGACGGCGUGGCGGCGGUGGCGGCGCUGCUCCGUGAUGUGGAUACUAAAGUGGGCUCUGUGGCGGCUGCGGUGGAGCGGUUGCCGGCGGAGGUGGCGGCUGCGGCGGCGCCCGCCGCUGGCGCAAGCGCUGGCACAGCGCUGGCGCGGGAUGGAAGCGGGGACGGGCAGGCUGCUGCUGCUGCAGCUGCUGCAGCUGCGGCCGCGGCGGCGGCCGCGCAGCAGCAGCAGCGGGACCUGCAGGCGGGGAUUGAGUCCAUGCGUGCGGCGUUGGCGGCGCUGGCGGGGCAGGUGGGCGAGCUGGCGAGCAAGGCUACUACAGGCCCGACGGCGGCGCCAGUAGCCGCCACGGUCGUCCCCGCCACAGCCACAGCCGCCGCAGCCCCCGCACCGCCCAAGCUCUCUGACGUGCUUGCUUUCGAGGCCGGCCUCGUGGCGGGCGCAGCCGCCGACGCGGCGGCGGCCGCGUCAGGAGCGGCUGUAGCAGAGACGCAGGACGCGGCCGCUGCAACGGCUGUAGCAGGGGCCACGGGCCGGGCGCCGCCGGCGACUACGGGCGCCAGUCGUGAGCAGGCGUACGACUUGAUGCUACAGCUGGCGGAGGCGCGGCGGCGCUCCGGCUCCGAGGCCGGCAGUAGCGGCAGUAGCAGCGAAGGCGGCGGCAGCUCGGAUGCCGGCAGCGGGAGCGGCAGUAGAGGGUCGGGCGGCGCGCGCGUCGAGGCUUCGGCCACGGUCGUGACGGCGGAGGCGCACCUGCGGAUUGAUGGCCUGCCGCCGUUCGAGCAUGGCACUGCUAUUGAAGAGCUGUCACCGCUGCCGCCGUCGCAACAGGAGCUGGAGGCUAAAGCCUCGGCUCCGGAGCUGCCGCUGCCACCCCAGCAAUCAGUUGGGCUACACCAGCAGCAGCAGCAGCAGCAGCAGCAGCAGUGGCAGCCGCAGCAGCAACAGCAGCAGCAGUGGCAGACCUCGGAAGCGGAGGAGGCCGCAGCGUCCGCGGCGGCCGGCGGCUACGGCUACGGCUACGGCGGCUGGCAGGGCCAGGACCCGCCGCAGCAGUGGCAGCCGCAGCCGCCGCAGGCGGGGUCACAACCACACGGCGGGGGCGAUGGCCAGGGCUAUGGCUAUGCGGAGGCGUUGCCAGGCCUAGGGCCACAUGCGGGUGUGGAUGAGGUCGCAGAGGCUGCUGCUUACGCUGCGGUAGCCAACGGGCAACAGUCGUCAUGGGGGACGGCAGCGGCACCGCCGCCGCCACGUCAGCAGCAGCCGCAGCCGCUGCAGCAGACCCUGCCGCCGGCGCAGCCCGCUGCGCCAGCAGCACAGCCCCCGCCGCAACAGCAGCAACCGCAGCAGCAGGUUUUUGCACAGCAGCAGCAACAGCACCCUGCAUUUUCGUCGCCGCAGCAGCCGCCCAUGUCGCCUCCACCGCAGCAGCAGCAGCAGGCGCAGCAGCAGCCGGGGCUGGGUGUGGGCGGCGGCGUGUCUCCCGACUACCGCAUGCGACCCCUGGAGGGCCUGACUCCUAAUGAGGUCAUCUCGGAGGGGCUGCGGCUGCUGCGGCUGGGGCGAGAGGAGACGCGCAAGGGCGAGGACUACGGCCUGGCUGACACGCUGCUCCAGUCAGCGGUGGCCGCCUUCACCUCCGCCUCGGAGCUGGCGCCCGCCAACGCCAAGGCCCUGGGCAACCUGGGCAACGCACUGCUGGCACGGGGCGAGCUCAAGGCCGCCUAUCUGGAGGCGCUGCGUGCCGGCCCGCCGCCCGCCACCUACGCGGAGGCGGAGGCGCAGCGGGGCGCGGAGACGGCCAUGACUGGGGAGGCCAACGCGCUGCUGACGCAGGCGGGGCUCAUGUUCAUGAAGGUGCUGGAGAUGGAGGGCUGGUCCAGCCGCGCGCUGGUCAACUGGGGCCGCGCGCUGGUGCUGCGGGCGGACCUGCUGGCGGCGGCCCCCGAGGCCCUGGCGCCCGGCAGCGCCGCCGCCGCCGCCGUGGCCCAGCUGUACACCAGCGCUAUCAACAAGUUCGAGGGCGUGCUGGAGGGGGAGCCAGACAUGAUACCCGCCAAGUACAGGUGCGCGCUGGCCAUGGCUGGGCUGUCCCGCACAAAGGCCGCCGGCAGCCGGGAGGCCCUGACGCUUCUGGCUGACGCCAUCAACUACCUGCGAGAUGUGCUGGCGUCACCCUCGCCUGACGCCGAGGCGCUGCGCGGCGCGGCGGCGGCGGCUCUGGCGGCGAUGGAGCAGCAGCUGAUGGCGGCGCGGGCGGGGCGCGUGGCGUGAAGGCGCGUAGUGUGAGGCAGGACGCUUGGGAGGCCAGCGCGGGUCCAGUGUGAGCGCCGCCGACGACGGCAGCCGUGGCCUGGGGGCUGGGGGGAUCCACCGCCGUUACGCCGCCAUAGGCCCACCCGCGCCGCCGCCGCCCAGCCCGGAGCUGGAAAGUCCCCAUCCCACGCCAGUGCUGGUGAAGCUGCCUGAAGCGGGUGAGCGGCUGCCUGUGCAGCCGCUGGGGUGCCGCGGGCGGGGGACAGGGGGGGUCAGCGUGAGCACCGGCGAACGUCAGGCAAGAUGGUUGGCACCUCCAGAGUAUGGCCGUUUUUUGUUGCUGUUGCCCUAUCGAAGGAUGUCUGUUGCACGUUUACAAGGCCAUGCGGCAUCUGCUUAAAAGACUGCGAGACAGUUAAGAUAGCACUCUGGAGUGGCGGCUUGUCCAACCCGUGGGUGCAGAGUCUGGAGGUCGGACCCGUUGAGGCCGGUAGGCGCAUGUUGGUCUUGCCUCAACAAGGAGCAUAAGCAAAAUACGACGCAUUCCUCACUUGACGCGACGCUAGAGGCAAAGGAUAUGAACGUUUUGGUCGGCCAUUCGACGUUGUGUCGAAACCAAAACAGCGCGAUAGGGGUUUCUCACGCGCUAAAGGCUGUCACUGCCAGAAAACAAUCCGCUUCCCUCAGGGUAGCGCCGGCGCGAGAAACCGGUGUCACUCUGUCAAGUCGGCGGGGUCGCGAACUUAACGCCACGGAUACGAUGAACAGCAGAUAUGGAAGUUGAAGUGCGGACUUCUGAGUGGGGGCAAACUUUGGUCGGCAUGGCCCCUUGAUUUUAUAGUGGUGCCCCAUCGCGGGAUAGUUUCAAUUUCAUGCUUGCUGGUCUCGGACC